CGGCGGAGAAGAAAAGAGUUGACGUUUCGAGUUGACGUUUCGAGUCCUCAUGACCCUUCAACAGCCACCUGCCUGCUCACCUGGAGCUGCUGCCAGCAGCAGUUCCUCACUCUGAAGCCUACAUAAAAGUCUACUUAAGACAGUGCCUCACAUGAUAGGGCAGGGGAAUAUUGAGAUGGGGAACAGUCGCUCGAUGGGGAGUAACAGAGGACCACCUCUUUGUGUCGCCUUCCCAACUCUAUACUGCAAAGAAAACACCUCUUCUAUAAUGAAACUAGUAUUAACUGAAUGGCAAUUAAUAUGGAUUUUUAAUAGACAAUAAACAAGCCAUAAUCCAAAAUUUCUACCAAAUAGCUUUCUUUUGGUUUUUGAAUACGUUUGAAGGAAAUUGUGAAAGAAAAGUGCCAAGCCUAUAAAACAACUGAGGAAGACAUCUUGAUUAAGCAUUUUUCCCCAAUAAAAGUGUGCGCACACUUAUUCUUAUGGCUGCAAUGGCUCCUCAGAAUGACGACACAGAAUCUAUGCAAGCACAAGAAUUACCUACCAAAUUGAAAAAGAAAAGAGACGACAAGGAGAAUGGUGAUGAAACAGUUAGUGAGGGGUCCAUCGAUCGCAUUCCCGUCAAAUUAUGGGUGAUGCACGGUGCAGUGAUGUUUGGCAGAGAGUUCUGUUAUGCAAUGGAAACUGCCUUGGUAACACCAGUAUUGUUACAGAUAGGUCUUCCAGAACAAUACUACAGCCUCACCUGGUUCCUUAGCCCAAUCCUGGGAUUGAUCUUCACUCCUCUGAUCGGUUCAGCAAGUGACCGCUGCACCUUGACCUGGGGCCGCCGGCGGCCUUUCAUUCUUGCUCUUUGUAUUGGCGUUCUCUUUGGGGUUGCACUAUUCUUAAAUGGCUCCCUUAUAGGUCUAGCCAUUGGAGACAUCCCGGAUCAUCAGCCAAUUGGCAUAGUCCUGACUGUUUUAGGUGUAGUAAUAUUGGACUUUUGCGCAGAUGCAACAGAGGGACCAAUCCGAGCUUAUUUGCUGGAUGUAGCAGACACUGAAGAGCAAGAUAUGGCACUCAAUAUCCAUGCAUUUUCUGCAGGUCUGGGUGGAGCUGUUGGCUAUAUGCUAGGUGGUUUAGAUUGGACACAGACCACUUUGGGCCAGAUCUUCGGAUCCCAACAACAGGUCCUCUUCUUCUUUGCAGCCAUCAUCUUUUCUGUGUCUGUUGCUUUGCAUCUCUUCAGCAUUGAAGAAGAGGAAUAUAACCCUCAACAAGAUCGAAUUGAUGAGGAAACUGAGCCGCGUGGUACUGUUAAGUUAAAUGACAGCCUCCCGCCAGUCCCACGGCUUGACUUGCUCCACGAGGAAGGACCUUACUCUGCUUCAGUCUUCCCUAAUGAAACCUACUCUGCGCAAGAUAUCGACCUCGACUUCCUGGAUGUAAACAUUGGACGGAGCCAAAGUGACUCAGUUUUGCACAUGCCUGAUGCAACAAUAGAAAUUGAAUCAGAGUUGCUAUUUUUGCAGGACAUUGAACCUUCUAUUUUUCAGGACCAAUGUGAUAGCAUGUGUCACUCUUUAUCAAGUUUACCCAAAAGUAACAACCAGGAGAUUAUAACCAGGUUCAACCAAAUGUCUGCUUUGCUCAGGGAACAUGAGUUUGAAGGUUUUUCACAGAAUGAUCUGAAGACUGAUUCCAAAGUGGCAAAUGGACGUGCUGAUGACCUCAGUAACGGUAAUAUUAACCAUAACACAAGCGGAAUUGGAAUUAAACAAUCAACAACCUGCAGCUCCAUGCGUAGGCGGAGGCACAUGUUCUACCGGCAGCCCUCUCACACUUUUUCAUAUUAUGGCAAGAUUGGUUCCCACCGUUACCGCUUCCGUCGUGCCAAUGCCAUUGUCCUGAUCAAAUCCUCACGGAGUAUGAAUGACCUGUAUGAUCUGCAGAAAAGACAAAGGCAGCGACAGAGACAACGUAACCGGAGUGGUGUGACCAAUUCCAGCAGUGAUACUGAGAGCGAGGAAGGAGAGACUGAGACUACUGUGAAACUUCUAUGGUUGUCAAUGCUGAAAAUGCCAAAGGAGCUAUUAAGACUGUGUGUGUGUCAUCUGGUAACCUGGUUUGCAGUGAUUGGAGCUGCAGUGUUCUACACAGACUUCAUGGGGCAGGUUAUCUAUGGAGGAGAUCCAAAAGGUCCUUCCAAUUCUACUGAGCUCUGGAACUAUAACACUGGUGUACAGAUGGGAUGCUGGGGACUUGUUAUUUAUGCUGUUACUGCUGCCAUCUGUUCGGCCAUUUUGCAGAAGUACCUGGACAACUAUGAUUUGAGCAUUAAGGUUAUCUACAUAUUGGGAACACUGGGGUUUUCGAUUGGUACUGCAGUGAUGGCUAUUUUUCCAAAUGUUUACGUGGCAAUGAUAAUGAUCAGUACAAUGGGAAUAGUGUCCAUGAGUAUCUCGUACUGUCCUUAUGCUCUCCUUGGACAAUACCAUGAAAUGAAAACGUAUAGAAAUCACAGUCCUGGAAACUCCAAGAGAGGCUUUGGUAUAGAUUGCGCAAUCCUAUCUUGCCAAGUUUAUAUUUCCCAAAUACUGGUAGCAUCAGCACUGGGCAGUGUGGUGGAAGCAGUUGGUUCAGUUCGAGUCAUCCCUAUUGUGGCAUCCAUUGGUUCAUUUCUUGGCUUUCUAUCUGCCUUGUUUCUUGUGAUAUAUCCUGAGAACCAGGAAGAUCCAGGGGAGGAAGAGAAUAGGGAGACUCUGAUGGCAUCUUCAGAAAGCAGUGGGAAAAAUACAGAGAAGCCAGUUGUUUUGAAGCUGACGCGUAAAGGCACCAUCUCUGAAGUGGAGAUCGAAUCAGCUGUGUGAAUUGACACAUCAGCAAAACAUUCCAGAAAUUUGUGAUCACAAGUACGCAUCAAAUUUCCUGUUCUCCAUUUUCUUCUGUAGUCUUUAACCCACCUUGUAGGAAAAAAAAGGCAAAAACUUAACCGCAUUAGGUUCUGGUAAAAGUCUGCCCCAGAGACAAAAUGGUUUGUUUCACAAUAAGCAACAUAUUUUUAAACCAGUUUAAACAGUGAACAUUUUCAGAACGUUUUGCUGCUUUUAUGUACCAAAGGCUACAGUGAGGCAUCAAGGGACUAGACAGAUUUUUGACCCAUUCAAAAAAAAAAGUCGCCUUGAUCUACUGCAUAAACAUGGCAUUUUGUAGCUAGUAAAGAUUUUCUAUUUUGUUGCAACAAUUGAUUUCCUAAAAGGCCCCACAAUUUAUUUUAAAAUGGCCUAUCUUAACAUAAUUGGAAUGUUGAAAUUGUAAUUUUGACCACGAAGAUGCCAUUGAACAUUUCCACACUAAAAAUCAAUUGGUAACAAUCUACUUUUGGGCAAUUUAAAUUUGUUUUCAAACUGCAUUAUGCCAAAUUUUUCUCCUUUGCGCAUGCUAUCCUCAUCCAGGUAGACCAUGAACAUCUUUGCUCACUCUAUAGAAUAUAGGAAGAAAUGAGCAGCUGAAUUUUCUCAUGUCAGAUGCAUAUUGUUAAUUGGCUUUAUCUGUUAACUAUUGUGGUAAGCUAAUUACAAAAAACAAGUUAUAAAUAACAGACAGCGUCUUUAGACAAGAGAGAAUUUACUAUAAUCAUUAUCGGCGGUCUCUCGGAGUCAAGGAUGAUGUCCAUCAGGCUUGGUGAGACUUCAGAUGACGGAGGCCCAAUUCUGGAUCCACAUGUUCUUCCGCAGUGAGGGCACGGAGGGGUGGAAACUGCAGCUCCAGGGUGGCUUCUUUCUCCUUUCUCUGCAGCCACCAUUCCGCCUCACUGUUGAGUCACUGAGCUUGCAUCUUGAUGGACCAGGUUGUACCAUGCCAAGCGAUCAGCAGCAUUCUCCUCCCAGUCAGUGGUGUUUAUGCCUCCAAGCUUUAGAGUGACCUUGAGCGUAUCCUUAUACCUUUUGCUUUGGCUGCCUUUUGAGCGUUGGCCAGUAGAGCUGUGAGAAGAGAACCUGCUGAGGCAGGCGGUUUAAUAAGCCAAGAUUAAAUAUCUGAGAAUUGUCUUGUGUCCAGUUCAACUGAAAUGUUGGCCUCUAGUAAUUUGAACCUAUCCUAUCAAGUACCUUUAUUUGUUUUAGAUAGCAACUGUCCAGGUUUUUCCUUUGAGAGUUCAAAAGCAGAAAUUUGUUUUAAUGCCAGCUUUGCUCAUUUCUUUCAUAUCUUCACCUGAAAAAGUGAAGAACAAAACAUCUGAUGUGAAUGCUAACAUUGAUUAAAUCAGCAAAGACUAAAUAGAGAACUUUCCCUGAAAAUACAAAUGGCUUACAAAUUCUUAAAAGAUCCUCACUGAUUUGUGUAAAAGAUCUGCUAUCUUCAUGCUGAACUUCCUGUACUCUGCUUUGCCUGGUUGUUGGCUGAGUUAAAUAUGGUCCAAUUGUAUAUUUUUUCUCUCUUUCAUCUAAGACUUUCUUCAUAAUGGGGCACAUUUCUACAAGAUGGGACCGGUCCUGCUAGUUCUCCCUCUGCAGGAACGAACUUCCAUCUUUCAGACUGUCAAAACUGUUUCACCUCUCCCAGUGUGGAUUCAGAGUUUUAAUGUUGUUUGAGACUGCAAUUCUGACUGAGGCAUUUCUAAUUGAUAGUCCUAAAACUCUAGUCUUGAAGUAAUAGGUUAGAAAAUCAUCUACUAUGGAGGGAAUUGUUUUAACACCCCCGAAAUGACAGCUAUAGGAAAACAGAUUUGAGCAACAACUAGGAUUAUAUUUUACUACCAGAUGUAAGUUCAAGUGUCAUUCUUUUGAAAUUUGAGCUGGGGCCAAAGAAGCCUGAAACUAAUAUGGCCUGUUUUUAUAGAUACGAUUCUGAAGUUGCUUAAGCUUUGCCUGUUGCUAUCAGGACAAGACAGCAGAAUGCAGCAUAUAAUAAUUUCUGCUGCACAAAAGCUCUUAAUGCUGAAGUGAACGAGAACUACUUGUCAAAGCCUUGAUAUUUCCCGGAUUAGUCUGGGCCGUACUCAGCCUGGUUUUAGAUUGAGAAAUGUAAUUCAGAAUGAUUUUCACAAUGUGCCGAGAAAGAAGGAAAAUUGAGACAAACCACUGAGUUUUUGUUUUGUCGCGUGCAGACGAAUCAAACAAAUGUUGCAAUAAUUUAUUUACCUACCUUUGCUGUAAAAUAGACUUCUGAAUGCAUGAAGAAACUGUGCUGUGUCAUCACCAGGAAAAUAAUAAUGGCAUUGUAUGUAAAAUCUAUUGAAGUCCAUCAUAAAUCCAUUAUUAAUACUUGAAGUGUGGAUACAGUGCAAGGACAUGUGUUUGGAACAAAAGCACCAUCUAGCCAAAGCAAAUAGAUAUCAAUAAAUGACAAAGGAAGGGACUUUGCAAAAAUUCUAUAGUUCAACACAUUGGUUCUAUACCAUCAUGAUGUUGACUACUGAAGCAAAACUCUGUGAAUGUAGUAUGCUUGGUUCUUGAAUGCUUAUGGCAAUCCAACAAAAAAUUGCACACAAUUCUACAUCAAGAAAGACUUUAAAAUGUUUUUCAAGGUCCUAUUUAUUUUGCAAUUAUAUUGUGAAUUUUUUUGUAUUUUAAAAUACUACUGAACUUAGCAAAUCCAUUCAAACAGUGUCAGCUUGUGUUGGGUACAGUUUAUAUCUGAGCUCUUGUGAUAAGACAAUUAUCCUUAAGAAUUUUUAAAGUUCAAAUUUCCAUUUUAUAUUUGUACAGGAAAAAAAUCAAAAUGUAAUUCUUUGAUUUUGAGCUUGUCAAGAGUUUUAAAUCUAUUGCUAACCCAUGCCCAGAAAAGUGGAACUACUAACUGUUUAAACAAAGAUACUAUAAUAGACUUUGAGGAUGAAGGUAAUGGGAAUGUGAAGUAUUUUGAAUACUCGAUGCAAUUUGUUGUGACAUCUGUUCUAUGUCAAUGGGGGUGUGGGUUGAGGGUUUGCACGGGGAAAGCUAUUCAAACAAGUUUAAAUUUAUUUAUCUUGAUAAUGACCAGGAUCUUAAUUUGUUUUAAUGGUAUGACUUGUUCACCUUGUUUAAUGCAAAGGAUUUUGCCUGGCCACAUCACUUGUAAGAUGUGCCUAGUUGACAAUGAUCAAUGUAUAACUUAUAUGUGAACAAGUUGCAAAUAUGAUUGUGAUGUUUUGUGUAUUCUGCAUAUUCAGAUCUACAGCUAAAGCAAUUGUACUUUUAGCAUGUCUGUCUGUUUGUUUGAAAAAAAUCCUCAAUUGUGGAGAAUGGCCUGGUUGCUUGCUAGUUUUUGUUAACAUGCAGCAAAGAGAUCACAUUUGACCCAUCCAUCAACAACUGAAAUAUGCCAAAAUGACAGUGAUUGCUCCCAAUUUGCACAGCAUGUACAUGGUGUUUCUUCUGUAUAUUUAAGGAUUACCAAAUUUGUCUAUAUUAAUAGAUCCAUGGUUUUAGGAGGCUUUACUGUCACCUUGUAAUUAUUGAACUGCACUUAGAUGGAAUAGCAGAGGAAAUACAUCAAAUGCCUCAAAUUUAUACCAAUGGUUAUACAAAAGCAUCUCAUUUUAAAUAUGGUUCCAUAGUGAACUGGCCAAAAGACGACUGCUUUUUUAAUCAACUUAUUAAGUUGGGGCACUAGUAGCUCUUGCUGAGUGGAAAUAUUAAAUGUGUUAAACACAUGCUUUAGUUUUUAAAAAGGGAUGAAAGCAAAGAAUGAUAUGAGUGACUUAAUGGCAUAGACUUUAUUUCUAUAUUUUCAAGCUUUUUUUUGUUGGAGGGAUUUAAAAUGAGUCAUUGCAUGAAACAGUGACUUUGUUCAGCACUUUCCAUUUUAACUGUGUACUCAAUUGAUUUUAAAAGAAAUUUAGAAAAAAGUUCUAUUCUUCCAUUAUAGUGUUUCAAUAUAUUAUCUUUCAUGAAGAAUAAAAAUUUCUGAAAUUA